AUGUCAGUCAAUCAUUACUCAAGAGACAUCCACCACAACACUCUCUCGUUGCACCACCACCAAAACGACACCGCAUCACAUAGAGAGUCCUUGUUCGAGAAAUCACUCACACCAAGCGACGUAGGAAAGCUAAACCGUUUAGUCAUACCAAAACAACACGCCGAGAAAUAUCUCCCUCUCAAUAAUAGCGGCGGCGACAUGACAACUGAGAAAGGGAUGCUUCUUAGCUUCGAGGACGAGUCAGGCAGGUCUUGGAAGUUCAGAUACUCGUAUUGGAACAGUAGUCAGAGCUACGUGUUGACCAAAGGAUGGAGCAAGUACGUCAAAGACAAACACCUUGAAGCGGGGGACGUUGUUUUCUUCCAACGUCAUCGUUUUGAUUUCCAUAGACUCUUCAUUGGCUGGCGGAGACGCGGCGAGGCUUCUUAUCCUUCCGCCGUCUCCGCCGUGUCUCGAGAGGCUCGUGCUAAUACGACGGCGUACUGGAGCGGCUUGACUACACCUUAUCAUCAAGUGCACGAGUCAACUAGUUCUUACCCUAACAUUCACCAAGGUUAUUCACUAUAUGGCGCGGUCCCUGAGACACCGACGGUGGUUGCAGGGAGCUCGAGGACGGUGCGGUUAUUCGGAGUUAACCUCGAAUGUCACGGUGACGUGGUUAAGCCCCCACCGUGUCCCGGCGGCUAUAAUGGCCACCACAUUUACUAUUAGUCAACUCAUCCCAUGGUAAAUAAAACUUCUACAUUCUUGUCAUAUUCAAUUUGCUUACGUCAGCAAAGUAUAUGCUACCAUGUUAUUGAAUAUGAUGCAAAUUGGAUUGUAUUAAGCAUUAAACAGACGUCGUGGCUGUUUCUCGAGACGAGGCAGAUGAUAUUUGGUAUUUUUUUAUAAUAGACCUGAA